CCAGAAUCCACGUCGUCAUUUCCGAAGUCGAAGAAUAGGGUACGCUCGUUGUGUUACCUGCACCGCCCGCCAGCCUCUUUAACAGCCAUCCACAUGUGCUGUCAUGAUCGGGCUCACCUCGAGCGGUGAAAUAACUUUAAAGCAGAUGUUUAAAAAGCUGUAAGUGUGGUGCUGUGAGUGAGCGAGGUAAAGGAGGGGACCUUUGGGUACACCAUUACCGAUAGAAAGAAAUCCAGAGCGAGGGGAGCGGAGUAGCUCACUACACCAAAAUGGCAACCCCCUAUGUGACAGAUGAAUCUGGGAAAUACAUCGCUGCUACUCAGCGACCUGAUGGAACCUGGAGGAAGCCGAGGCGAGUGAAGGAUGGUUAUGUGCCCCAGGAAGAAGUCCCUGUGUAUGAAAACAAGUAUGUCAAGUUUUUUAAGAGUAAACCAGAUCUGCCCCCUGGUUUGAACCCAACUGAUGCAGCGCAACCAAAACAGCAGCAACAGCAGCAGCAGCAGAAGAUUCCCGGGUGUGGGGACAAUGAGACAGCUGGUCUCUCAAAGUCUGCCAAACGCAACAUGAAACGUAAGGAAAAACGAAAACAGCAGCAGCAGCAGGGCCAGGAUGGCGAUGCGGACGUGGAGUCGGUGAGCAACGCCGUCGAGAACGUGUCCAUUUCAGAGAGCGACAAGUCUGCAAACAAGACGGCGGCGCCUGUUUCUGCGGCUUCUUCCAUUGACUCUUCAGCAGCGGCGGCUGAAAAAGCUAAGAAGAUCAAAAACGUAAAAAAGAAGCUGCGACAGGUUGAGGAGUUGCAGCAGAAAGUGGACUCGGGGGAAAUAAAACAGCCAACAAAGGAUCAGUUGGAGAAGCUGGGUCGGGCAACGGCCUUACAAGAGGAAUUAGAGCAGCUGGAGCAGGAUUCCUGAAGCAAUAAAAGACAGCAGAAGAGUUGGAUGGACUCAACGUACAAACUACACACAGGAAGGGACCCUUGCAGCUUUUGUGAUCAUAGAUUCCAUUAAACAUAUUGUACCUAUUUGAUAUUUGUUAUGAACUUGGGAAGUGAACACAGCCCCAGCACCGUCUGCAUAGCAGGUGUCGCAUCUUAACCACGGACAAGGUUGUUUUAUAGAUUCUGAUAAAUAACAUUGUGACUCCUCAUAUACUUGUGCAGGAGAGGUUCUUCAUCUAUAAAUAUGUUUAAACGGAUAAUUGUGAAUUGUUUUGUGCGUGUCUGUCCUCUCCGUUUUGUACUUUUCAUCACAUCACCAUUUACAGAAAAAAAAAUAAACAUGGAAAAAAUCCUUUUUUUUGUUGAAGAAAUAUGGUUUGUUAACAUUUCUGUUUUGGAAAUUAACAUUCUUGUCAAUGGUUGGAUGCCCUCUUGUAGUCUCACUAAUGUUGAGUCUUCACAGUCAUUACUUUUAUUAAAAUACAAGCUGUGUAAA